AGUUCCCAGGGUGCACCCUGCUCCGGCCGCCAUCAUGGUGCGGGGCAUGGUGCUGCUGUCCCUCGGGCCUGGGGAGCUCUGUCGCCUCAUCUACUCCCGCAGCUGGGCGGCCGAGCGGCAGCCGGGCCCGGCAGGUAGGGAGACCCCCGCCGAGGCCGAACUCCGCCAUCAGCAGCAGAGACUGCGGAGUAAGGAGCAGCUGGCAGCCGUGGCCAGGCAGGUGAAGUCGUCUUGUAUCCUGUCUCGCCAAGUUGCAGAGAAACCCCUUCCUGAUUUUGGGUCUGUGAUCACCGAGGAACUCGCUGGCUCUCAGGAUUUGGAUUUGGGCGUGUUCCGCCUCCCAGCUGGUGACAUUUAUGCGGAGGAGACCACCGUGGUGUGGGCGGCAGUCCUUUCCCUGGGCUUUGCCCUGAUCUGCGACCCCCAUGAGAACCUAAUGCUGGCAGAAAAUACCCUGAAAAUGAUAGUGAAGUACUUCAUGCAGCAUUUGAACCUGUUGGUUCAAGGCAAUGAUGUUGUCCUGAAGACCGACAGAAUCGAGGCAAUCCUGAACACGUUUUUGCCACACGGACAGCUGAUGUUUCUGAACUGUUGCUUCAUUCAGAGCCUAGAGAAGGAACUGAAUGCUUCAAUAUCCAAAUAAUGCCCCUUGCUUUUGUUUCUGCCAUCCCCUCACUCUCCUGCCAGCUCCUUUUCUCUCUCAGCUUUGCUCUCCCAGUUCGCUGAAGGUUCCGUGCUUUUGCCAGGUGGGCCUUUGCUCAGUUUGGAGUGAUGUGGGGGAAGAGCCUCUGUGUUUCUGUUCACACUUGUGUUCAGCAGCAGAUACUAACACACAUCAAAGCAAAAUACUAGAAAUUUGAAAAUAAUACAAAGUGCUAUAAAUAUUUGGCAAAUUAAAGCAGCAUCUGUGAAGGAAGAAUUAAAUGAACUUUACAACGUUGUAUACUGCAUGAUGUAAGACUUCAGGGUCAAGGUCAAGCUAGUUGGAUUUCCAGAUAUCAGAAGCAGAACAAGUUAAUAACCUGAACACGGACAGGCAUUAGGAAGGUUUGAGGAUUAUUGGGCAAAUUUCAGGAGUUUUCAAACUGGGUUGUUUUGGGCUUAAGAGUGAUAGUUACGGCUUUCCUGGCUUUAACAUUCUUCCUUUACCCGAUUGCUCACUUAGGUAGCUGUUCUGAUUGUUGUGCAGUAUGACCCUGGAUGUUUUGAGGAGUGCCUAUAAUAGAAGUAUUACGGUGACAUGUUAGGGCAUUGGAUAACAACGGUUCACUGUUUAUCGCGAGCUGCACAUUCCUGAUUUCAGGCUGGGGUGUGUUGAAGGGCCUGCUGCCUGUCCAGGAGGGCAAGAAAGGAAGGUGAUGCAGGAAGGAGAGUGUGGUCUCAUAUCCAUUUAAUGGUCAGUGCAAAGCAACCUGGGAGCUCUCGAAACGAAUUGGCCAGCAGGUGUGCUCUGUGCGGACAGUGUUAGAAAUAUCAGACUUCAACUAGGUAACACAGUGCUAAUCACUGUAACUAAAAACAUGGAAUUAUUUACUGGUCACAGUAUGGUGUUGUUUUUAUCCAAUAAAGAUUGCAAUUCAAAUGCUUGAAAAGUAAAAAUGACAACAAUUAAUAAUAGAGACUCAUUCCUGAAGAAGGGCUUUUGCUUGACGUUGAUUUUCCUGCUCCUCAUAUGCUGCCUGACCUGCUGUGCUUUUCCAGCACCAGUCUAAUCAUAUGCUGGUGUGCUACUCUCUGUACAAUCACAUCUUCAGUUCCAUACUAUCAAACAGCCUGCCAUUAUUGACUCGUCUACCCUCCAUCAUGAGAUAUUUUCUAAUCAAGCCAAUCACAGAUGCUCAGACACACCUCCAUAGCACUUGAACUUGGGCUUCCUGGCUCAGAGGUAGGGACACUGCCACUGUACCUCAAGAGAACCAGCCCCCACCCCUUUUAGAAGUCAGGAUCAACUUGUUUCCUUCCCAGAUGUUUUUUUAGUCAACCUUUUCAGCGAGAUUGUUACAUACUGGUGAAUGGAGCAGAUGGGAUUUGAACCCAGGUGUUCUAACUCUGGGGUGACCAUAGGAUAACCUUCAGUGAUAGUUUCAAUAAUAUACAACCGAGGUUCACAAUUCAGAAAUUUUUACAAUCCCAUCAGCUACUUAUUGGCAUUUGAACCCAUGUCCACAGAACGUUAACUUUGGUUCUCCUUUCUAUCGGAAAGAUGUUGUGAAACUUGAAAGGGUUCAGAAAAGAUUUCAAAGUUGUUGCCAGGGUUGGAGGAUUUGAGCUACAGCGAGAGGCUGAACAGGCUGGGGCUGUUUUCCCUGGAGCGUCGGAGGCUGAGGGGUGACCUUAUAGAGGUUUACAAAAUUAUGAGGAGCAUGGAUAGGAUAAAUAGGCAAAGUCUUUUCCCUGGGGUUGGGGAGUCCAGAACUAGAGGUUUAGGGUGAGAGGGGAUAGAUAUAAAAGAGACCUAAGGGGCAACUUUUUCACACACAGGUGGUACAUAUAUGGAAUGAGCUGCCAAAGGAAGUGGUGGAGGCUGGUACAAUUGCAACAUUUAAGAGGCAUUUGGAUGUGUAUAUGAAUAGGAAGGGUUUGGAGGGAAAUGGGCUGGGUGCUGGCAGGUGGGACUAGAUUGGGUUGGGAUAUCUGGUCGGCGUGGAUGGGUUGGGCCGAAGGGUCUGUUCCCAUGCUGUACAUCUCUAUGUCUCUAUGACUAUUGCCAGUACACCACUAUGUCUCUGAUCUGUCUUCAGCUACUAUUGUGCCUAUACUACUGCUUUUUCUGAAAUCUUUCUACCCAGCAGUGAAUUCACACACAACUGAGCAACCUUCCACCAAAAUCACUUGCCUUUUUUUUUAAAGCUACUCAACCACCUCCAGUGAAACACCCAUGUAACUAUUUGAAUAUUUACAAAUAAAACCCAUUAUGGGCAAUGCAAA